GCUGUCAAACAUCAAAACAAAAUUUGUGGGAACUCGCGAAUAACACGAAUUUCGUUCCGCUAUUUUUUUGUAGUUUUUGUUAUCAAUUUCAUCAAAUUGUAUCUGCAUUUAUAUCUUAUUGAUAUGGAUUGCAAAUGAUUUGGAAUGAUUCGGAAUAUUUAUCAUGUGUAGAAAAGUGUGAUGAUAAUCUUAAGCUGAAAGUUUAGUGCUGUAUUAGAAGAAGCAGUCCAAUAAAUUACGGAUUGACUACAUCACAAAACAACACAUACGGCUGGGGCGAGUAGCGGAGAAAACUUUCACAGUUAUAACAACAAACAAAAAGGGAAUUCACAAACUAAGUAAAUAUGUCUACAGAGGAGCCAGAUUGGCGCCGGUGCAUUGCGACACGCUUACGCGAACGAUGUCACAAUGAGUCGAGGUGCAAGGAAAUCAUCCUGCAAAAUAAUCGUUUACUUGAUCAGCUAUCGCAACAAAAGGCGGAGAACUUAAAGAUUUCAGUUGAGUAUGAGCAAUUGCGUGCAGCUCUUUCAACAGGUGGCGGUAAAGACUCAUCGGGCGCACACAUCGCUAUUGCGGCGCUCGAGAAGAAAUUGUUGGCGCAGCAGGAAGAGCUGACCGAUCUGCAUAAACGUAAAGGCGAGAAUUCACAAAUGAUUGUCGAUUUGAAUGUGAAUCUGGAGAAGCAGAAGCAAAGCAUAGCCGAAAAAGACCAAAAAAUCACCGAACAACAAAUUGCCAACAGCUCAUUGCGCGCAGAGGUGGAUAUGCUGAAAUCGAGCUUGGAACAAUUGAAGAAACUUAAUACCACCUUGCUCGAUGAACACACUGCGUUGCAGUUGGCGUUCAGCUCUUUGGAGGAGAAAAUGCGUGGCGUGCAGGACGAAAAUCGCUGCCUUCUGGACCGUUUCAUGCGCUACAAAUCGAAGGAUGCCGACAAGUUGAACGAAGAGAACGAGAAUUUCCUAAGAAAACGUUCGGAUAAAUUGAAACGCGAUCUAGAAGACGCCGUCCGUGAACCAGGCUCACCGCGUCGCGAUUCGGCUAGUCCAUCGUAUUUGGGCGACGACGGUGACAGCAUAUCGUUGACAGGUGGCGGCAAUAACGGUGCAGCAGGCGGUGCUGACUAUUUUAAUCUCGAUGAUAUGUUGGGACCAUUACAUGAACUACCUCCCUACAAUCCAUGUAUGAUAUCUUCCACAACACCAACAACAAUAUAUGUGAAUUUCGAAGCGCACGAAAACGAAUCACAUGCGGUGCGUUGGAGUCCGGUCGAGCGCAUGGUGGCAACCGGUGGCGCCGAUCGUAAAGUGAAACUGUGGGAUGUGGGGAAAGUUGUUCAGGAUCCGCGAGCGGUUUUAGGUGGCAGUAGUGCCGGCAUUAAUUCUGUGGAUUUCGAUUCGACUGGCACCUAUAUACUGGGCACCUCGAAUGAUUAUGGCGCUCGUGUGUGGACGGUGGCGGAUAGUCGUUUAAGGGUAAGUGGAAAAGGUGAAAAAGCGCAGAAUGGCAAUGCCAAUGACAAUGACGAGUGUGCCAAUCAAAAUGAAAAUAAUUUAGCGGAUAUUAAGGCAAAUAAGACGUGUGCUGCACGUGGCAACUGUGCAACGGAUAGUCUGAUGAUCAACGCUGAUAGUCAGUACUUUAGUAGCGUAUGAAUGUGCAUACAUCGAAUGCCAAUGGAAUAAGAAAAAUUAGAAAUUAGUUUUUGAUUAAUUAAACAAAAAAAAUAGAAAAAAAA